GCCCUUUCCUCUCCCUAAACUUUGGUUGUGUCGACUUUCUGUUUUGCAUUGAUUUGAUUGCUUCGUCUCAGCUAUGCGAGUUGGCCCCGGACUGAACACACCUCGCCCUGCACCACCACUGACUCUCCUCUUCGUCUUCCUCAUCAUUGCCACCAAAAGAGAACGUUUAUUUUGUUGUCUCGCCGUCGCUCUCUCCAGGGAGAUGUCCGCCUGCUUCCCCGGGCCUGACCCAGUUUAGGAAGAGCUUUUCCCCACGGAGCCGCAUCAAGGAAACGACAACGUUUUUUGUCGCUCUCAGGUUGUCUUUCAGUGGCAACUGUCAAAGUUGCUCCCCACUUUUAACACGGAGCUGUAUGGUGGAGGUAAUUACUAUGUCUGUUGAGCCAGGCCAAGGCAGGGACGGACGGGAGAUGCCUUCUGGCUAGCUGCGCGGAUGUUAUCUGGACAACAGCCAGGUCGAACCAACACACAUUAUUUAGCACAUUAGUCCGAAACGCAUCAUUGUGGUGUUAUCGUUAGUGUUGUUGUUGACAGUCGGUUAUCAGACAGACAGACUAUUAACAAGAAACAUGCCGAAAUAGUGGUCACUUUGUUAGCUAACCGUUAAUACCUGUCUUCGAGUCAACUAGCUAGCUAACUAACUUACAACCUUUCAGUUAUCUUACCCGCGAGGUACGACAUUAAGCUAGCUAGUCUGCUUCAACAUCAUACCAACUAAAGCCAACUGCCUGGCCUGUACUCACGGACACAACCCCCUACAGGGACUGUUGUCUGUCCAGCACAACACUACUCCUCGUGUUAAACUUCAAGUGAAUUAUUUAACGCAGCACACAAACUUGACUAACUAGCACUCAAGGGAAAAAGGUGUGUAACAGGACCAUUGAGCAGCUAAGACGUUCAAUUUGGGGUUUAAGCAGCUGCUGAACCGUGUGAACCACAACGAGGAGAAGACUGCUGACCAUGGAGGGAAACGUACAACAACAGAAAACGACACCUUUAGCCCGGGAACUGACGAGGAUAUUUAACAGCUACAACAAACACACCAUACAACUGAAGAAGAACUUAAAGGAGACGAACGCGUUUUUCCGGGAAAUAAGGCAAAAUUACAGCAAUGCUUGUGCAUCAACCAUGAGCUCGGAUGCAGCUUCUUUUGAGGCAGGCCAGCUCAGCUGCAUCUCUUUCCCAAGCCAUGAGGAAGAGUUCCUGCGUAACACAGUGGGCGCUGCCCCGUACAUUCUGGUACUCGGCCAGGACUGUGCUGCCCGCUACCAGCUGCUUAACUGCCUUCUGGGGGAGAGGUUGCUGCCACUGGGCCCAGAGGCUGGAGAGGCUUGUGAAGGAGUCCAGGGCACUGUCUGCAAGAGGCGGAAGCUGUGUUUCACCCAUGGGAGACAGACACGGCUCAGCUUGGCACUGCCGGGCCAGUAUGAGCUGGUGCACCAGCUGGCGGCUAACUGUGGUCGCUGGGACACGGUACCCCGGGAAGACCUGGAGAUCCAUGAGGAAUGUGAGGACCCGGCCCACAGGCUAGCAGAGCUGGAGAUCACCCUACAUCACCCACUGCUACAGGAAGCAAAGGUCAUGGUAGUGCCUUGUCCGAGUGUCCAGCCCAUAGAAGAGGCACUGGCAGACUGCACCCGCACUGUCAUCCCCAUCAUACUCUAUGCCAUCAACCAGGACUCCCUAAGCACAGACCAUGUGGCUGAGCUGUGGAAGGUCAAAGAGAUGCUCUCCUUUCCUAUCUGUUUUAUUCGUAUUCCUGACACAAUGCCAGCAGCCUCACCAAAACCCGGCCGCCGUGGAGAGAGGGAAAGGGAGAGAGAUAAGGAGAAGAGCGCCCUCUAUAAGCAGCUACUCUCCCUCGGCUUCCUUAGUAGCCCAGUAGGACACUGCUCCUGUGGCGCCCCUACACAGACACCCACCCCGGGUGCCAAGCCCCAGAGCGUGCUGGGUGAGGCUUUCGAAAGGCUGCAUCGAUUGCUGGUGCCUUUUACUCGUCAAGUGCUUCAAAACCAGCAGGUGGAGGCUGCAAACCUGCUUAAUGGGGUUCAUUGUCGCUGUCUAGAUCUUUUCAUCAACCAGGCCUUUGACAUGCAGAGGGACCUGCAGAUAACCCCCCGCAGAUUGGAGUACACCCGUGAGAAAGAGGGGGAACUCUUCACCUCCCUGAUGGCCAUUGCUAACCGCAAACAGGAAGAGAUGAAGGAGAUGAUUGUGGAAACACUCGGCAGCAUGAAAGAGCAGUUGCUGGAGGAUGCUGCCAAUCUGGAGUUUACAGACAUCAUCGUAACAACUAAUGGAGAGCCUGUUACAUCGAGGGAGAUCAAAUCUUGUAUCCACCAGAUCCAGGAGCUGAUAGUGGUUCGUUUGAAUCAGGCCGUGGCAAAUAAGCUGAUCAGCUCUGUGGACUACCUAAGGGAGAGCUUCGUAGGAACUCUGGAGCGGUGUCUCAACAGUCUGGAGAAGUCACACAUGGAUUCCUCUGUCCACAAUAUCACUUCCAAUCACCUCAAACAGUUAUUAAAUGCUGCCUAUCAUGUGGAGGUCACAUUUCAUUCAGGAUCUUCUGUCUCAAGACUCUUCUGGGAACAAAUCAAACAGAUAAUCCACAGGAUAACAUUUGUGAACCCUCCUGCCGUCUCUCCAGAGUGGAAGCGGAAAGUGGCCCAGGACGCCAUAGAAAGUCUCAGUGCUGCUAAACUGGCCAAAAGCAUUUGCUCCCAGUUCAGAACCCGCCUUAACAGCUCCCACGAGGCCUUCGCAGCAUCUCUGCGCCAGCUGGAGGAAGGCCACACGGGUCGUUUGGAGCGCACUGAGGACCUGUGGCUGCGCGUGAGGAAGGACCACGCCCCUCGCCUGGCCCGCCUGUCUCUGGAGAGCCGCUCACUCAGGGACGUGCUGCUGCAUGGCAAGCCUAAACUCGGGCGAGAGUUGGGUCGGGGUCAGUACGGAGUUGUGUACCUGUGUGACAGCUGGGGAGGACACUACCCAUGUGCCUUGAAGUCUGUGGUACCACCUGAUGAUAAACACUGGAACGACCUGGCGUUGGAGUUUCACUACACAAGGUCCCUGCCCAAGCACGAGCGGCUUGUGGACCUACAUGGCUCCGUGAUCGAUCACACGUAUGGAGGCGGCUCCAGCAUCGCUGUGCUGCUCAUCAUGGAGCGGCUGCACAGAGACCUCUAUACAGGCUUGAAGGCCGGUUUAUCACUGAGGGAGAGACUUCAGAUCGCCCUGGAUGUGGUGGAGGGGAUCCGCUUCCUCCACGGUCAGGGCCUCUUGCACAGAGACAUAAAGCUAAAGAAUGUUCUGCUUGACAAACAAAAUCGUGCAAAGAUCACCGAUCUGGGAUUCUGUAAACCAGAGGCCAUGAUGUCUGGCAGCAUCGUUGGAACGCCGAUCCACAUGGCUCCAGAGCUUUUUACAGGAAAGUAUGAUAACUCGGUUGAUGUUUACGCCUUCGGGAUCCUUUUCUGGUAUCUCUGCACUGGUUCAGUUAAACUCCCAGAAGCCUUUGAGAAAUGCUCCAGUAAGGACCAGCUCUGGAAUAAUGUUAAAAAAGGAGCCCGACCUGAACGGUUGCCCACUUUUGAUGAGGAAUGUUGGCAGCUGAUGGAGGCCUGCUGGAACGGGGACCCUUCCCAGAGGCCCCUGCUCGGUAUUGUGGAGCCCAGCCUGCAAAGCAUCAUGGUCCGGCUCUGCAACUGCGGCUCGGAACAGAAAAGCAGCAGCCUCGACGACUCAAACUGAAA